AAGUGAUUUUAAAUCUAUCUACAGCUUAAACAAGCACACUGAUAACACAGUGAUGUUUUUAUUUUGAUUCUGAAAUUAAAUUAAAAGUGAAUUUAAUUUUUCAAGGAGUAAACUGUCAUAAGGUUUUCCCUAGUUCAUUAACUGACCGUCUCAUGGGCGGGUAUGUCGACGUGAAAUGAUCAGCAUUACUUAAUAUUCUGUCGAUAUUUCCAAGGAUCUGUGACGGUUCAUGAUCAUUUAUUUAUCAAAGGAAACCGACCAAUCAAAAUCCACGCUCGUCAAAUUGAUUUCAUUCAUAUUCCCAGCGCGGCACCGCGUCUGACGAAUUCUACUAUUUGCUAGAUUUAUCGUCACCCGGGCUUUAAAAAAACAUGUGAAAAGUUUGGAAUUUUUUUAUACGUUACCUUAGGAUAUACAAAUUUUACACGUAAACGCUAAUUAUCGGGCGGCCGCUUUGAUCUGCCGGCUACGUGAUCACAAUCAAAAAGACACCUCGAUAGAUAAUUUGAUUCCAUGUUGUUUAAUUUAUGGUGUAUGUAAUUUUAUUUUGGAGGUAAAAUGUGAAAAGAAAAAAUCGCAAAUGAUGUCCUAGGCGCAAUAAAUAAUAUCACCGACAAGAUUCUGUAUUGUGAUCCUUUGCCUUGCUGGACUGACUUUUAAUUAUUUCAGUCUCAACACCUAUAGACAACGGUGUAUUUUGUGGCAAUGUGUGAUAAUAGAUAAAAAGUGUAAGAAUUAAGCUAUUAUCUGGACUAUUGUUUGUGCUUUGACGUUCUGCAUAAGGAGAUGAAGAAGCCCGAAGUCUCCUGUAUACUGAUCUACCUCUUCUCUGGAUUUUACCUUGUUGAGGCCUCAUGGUGGUACCUAGGUAUUAUUGGAUCGGUUCGACCAACCAUGAGAGAACUUCUGACGUCAGAUACGGAAGUGACGAAUUGUGCUAAUAUGAACUUUCUCUCGGAAGCACAGCGGAAGUUGUGUGCGCAAGAACGUCGUCUACCGAGAGUUAUCAGUGAAGGAGCGUCGUUAGGAAUCAGUGAAUGUAAACAUCAGUUUGGAAAUCGCCGAUGGAACUGUUCAACAUAUAAUUCUACAGAUGUUUUUGGAGGGAUUCUUAAAAAAAAAAUUCGAGAAAAAGCAUAUAUUUACGCUAUUUCAUCCGCGGGAAUUAUGUACAGUAUCACACGAUCAUGUGCCAAAGGGGAGCUAGACAACUGUGGUUGUGACAUGAAAGUGAGGCGAAAAGAUACACAAGGACAAUUUGAAUGGGGUGGAUGCUCCGAAAACACUAAAUAUGGCGCCAAGUUUUCCAGAAGAUUCGUGGACACAAAGGAAUCCUCCAAAACCGCAACUUCCUUAAUGAACUUGUGGAAUAAUGAAGCAGGAAGGAAGGCAGUAAAGAUGAAGAUGGACCUAGUAUGUAAAUGUCACGGAGUAUCUGGAUCAUGUUCAAUUAAAAUCUGCUGGCAGAAAAUGAAGGAAUUCCGAUCUAUUGGAGCAUUUUUGAAAGAGAAAUUUGACGGUGCGAGCAUGGUUAAAUAUAACAAACCCAAAAAUAAAUUAAAAAGAAUUAGCAAAAAUAUGAAAAAACCAACGAAAAAAGACCUUGUGUAUCUGGAGGAAUCUCCCGAUUUCUGUGAUUUUCACCCUAAAUCCGGGUCCCUAGGAACCAAAGGGAGACAAUGCAUAAAAGACGGUUAUGGAUUGGAUGGUUGUAAUUUAAUGUGUUGUGGGCGUGGUUACUAUACCACUGUCGAGGACAUUCGGGAAGAUUGUGACUGUAAAUUUGUUUGGUGUUGUCGUGUAGACUGUAAGACGUGCACACAUAAAGUCGAAAAGCAUUUCUGCAACUGAGAAAAUGUAUAAGAAAUUCCCAACAAAUCUUGUUUCUGAUACUUUUUUGAAUAAACUUACAGUUCCUCUAGCAGAAUCUAAUGGAGACUGCAGAAUAAGAAGGAGAGACUACCUUAAGACAUUGCUCUACCAGACUCAUCGAAAACAUGAACCAUUUCUACUAAAGCAGUAUUUUAUAUAUAUUAACACUGCGGCAGAUGGGCGAUCUUGAGAAUGUGUGUUUCUUUUCCAGAAUUCACAGGAUAAACAUUAAAUUGAACUAUGUUUUGAAUUCUCAAUACAGAGCCCUUUCACUGAAACUUGCAAAAAUAAAAGAAGUGAAAAAAUGCUUUUGCAGAGUUCAAAAUACCAAACCACGAAAGCUUAGAGUGGCAUGAAAAUAUAUCUGAAAAAGAAAUUUGAGUGGUUGAUCAGUCUAUGUGGCUCUACAAACCUGACUGAGCAGACGAAAUGGAUUGGAGAACUUUGACGUGCACUGGACACAACAUGUCUCAAUGCACACAUGAGACAUUAUAAAACUGAAUUUUGACCACGGGUACUAACUAUAUUUAUUAUAUGUCUUUUAUACGCUAUUCUGUUUCCUGUGGUGUGCAUUUGUUUUGUUAUAUUU